AUGGCUGCUGCCCUUCUGCUGAACCUCGCGCCUGCCACAGCCGCUACAUCGCCUCUGCAUCGAGCGCCGCUCGACCCCGCGUUGACCCGUUGCCCCGCCAAGUCCAUGGAGCCGCCUUGCCCGCUGCUUCUGCUGCUUCCUGCAACGCCAAGCCGCCUCCCUUCCCUCGAGUCCGUCCAGAUCCGCCAAGUUCCGCCGUUCGCCGUGGCCAUGGAGCUCGUCGGCAUCGUCCUCGUGCCGUCCCAGCCUCGUCGCCGUUUGCCUCCUUGCUGUGGCCUCCUCUGUUCGCACGCACCAGGCCAGCACCUCUCCAAGGCCCAGCUGGCUCUGCCUGCCCCAAGCCUCUCCAUCAACUGGGCCGAAGCCCAUGAUACGUUGGAGACGUAUCAUGCCCCAACCGUGCCUCCGCCGCAGCGCUACACGGCGCCUCUCGCGGCGCCCCAGCAGCCGGGGUUGCUCCCGCUGCCCAAUGGCCCGCCCGCCCCUCCCGCUGAACAGCGCCGUGGGGGCCACCGCGGCGGUCAGCAGCAGAAGCCGCAAGGCACUGGCCCGCCCCGUCAGCAGCAGCAGCAGCAGUUCCAGGUGCCCCCUCCGUGGGCCUCCGGCUACAACCCGUGGACCGGCGUUGUCCAUGCCUACACCAUGCCGGUUUCACGGGCCCCUGCACUGACCCUUCUCGUGUCGCGCCCGCCGGCGCACCAGGUGUACUACGCGGCUCCGCAGCCAUAUGGAGGAUACCCACUGCCGCAGCUAACGAUGGCUACGGUCUCCCUGCGGCCCCGCCGCCGCCCUCGCCGGCCGUGCCACCGGCACCCUGGGAUCCGGCGCUUGCGCUGCAUACCGCGCCUACGCCGAACAACUACACUGGAGGCGGUGAUUGAAAGUCGGUGA